AUGGGCGGUGCACAAGCAUCGCUGUGCUGCUGCUGGCAGCGCCAGAAGACGCCUACAGAGUUUCCAUUUGAACCACCUCGCCGGCCACCACACACUAACGAGCCCGUAGCGACCACUGCUGCAGCCAGCGGAGGAGAGGACGAUGAGGAGGUGGAGUUCGAGCUUGGCACGCUCAACACCUUCCUCGAGUAUCGACAGGUCUCACGGAACAAAAAGCGCAGCCACAGCAUGCCAAGAAGUAUGCGACCAUGCAGAGACCAGAAAGUCAGUCUUGUGGCGGCAGGCAACAUGGAGGAGACUGCUGGCAAAUCGGAGCGACUUACUACCCCUACUCUUCCUCCUACUGCAACUCCUCCUGCUGCUGCUUGCAAGGUUGGUCCUGUCCCCGAUCGUCCGCCAAUCGAUGAUAGGUUCGAACCUUUCCUCACCCCGGAGAUGGUUUCCGCAGAGAGGCGCUGGAAACGCGACGUGCUUGGGCGGCUGGCGUGGCAUCGUGUGCCAGCCAGGCCUCAUAGCUGCGCGCAUACCUGCCCAGAAUGCUGCCAGCUGUGGAACAACAGCUGGCGACUGGCAGCAGCUGAUCCUGUGAGGGUUCCGGGCCAUGCUGACCCCUGCAGGGCUCUGCAUAUCAUGCCCCGGCUUCCCGAGCGUGCGCUGUUGCUUUCGCAAUGA